GCAACAUUGCAUUGUUUUCUUGUGAAUGGAAUUGUUUGCAAUUUAGUACAAUUGUCUUAGACAAAUUUGGUAAAUUAUUUGUUAUUAGUAGUUACAUUGUUUUUGAAACUUCCGCUUCAAAACUUGUAACUCAUGGACCAACAACAGGGGAGUGAACUUCAGGAUGAAUAUUCUGAUGACAAAAAGGACAAAGGAGGUAUGUUGGAUGAUACACACAUCAUCAUGGAGUCCUUUGACAAGCAUCAAGACAUCUUAGCUCAGUUAAUCCAGAAGAGGGUGAAUCUUCUUAUAACUUUGGGGUUGUGUGUGCUGAUUUCACUCAUUUAUCACAAUGUGAAACAGGACAAUUUUGACAACAUUAAACCAUUUAUUGUGAAAGGUUCCCAAAGAGAGCCUGUCACAAGAGCAGACCUACCAGUGGAUCAACAACAAACACAGAAAAAUUUGAUGAAUGUCAAGGGAGUUUAUACAGUGAAAAGAUUCAAAAGAGAAAUACAAAUUCUGCGUGAUGAAAUUCCUGACACGGUUGUUAAAAGUGUUUUUGGGAGAAUAAUCACUGUAGAUGGUGUCCGAUACAUGUGGCGACCGAGGGAAUCACAGGACAAUUGCUACAAGACCUGUAAAGAUGAAACACGCAUUGACUGUGUUCGUUACUUCUUUGACAAAAUUGGUAGAAAGUGCUUCAUAAUUGGGAAGAAUUAUAUAAGUAGAGUACCAGUUAAAUUGCCCAGUUAUCCAGUCAAACGAAAGAUAAAUAGUGAAGCUGUUGAACUGUCCAAUGUGGACGAACCUCCAAAACAGUUCACAGGAAGUGUUGCAGUCCUGCCAGAGAAAGUGCUAAACAGUGAGCCUGGAACGGUGGUCACAUACAGAGGUAUCCCACACGUGUGGUAUUCGGCACAAACUCGGCAGGAGUGCUACAAUUUAUGUCGAAAGGCAACUCUGAUUGAUUGCGACUACUACAUCUUACUUGAUGACGAGGAUCGCUGUAUUAUGAUGGAGGAUGAUUACGGUGAUUUACCAGUUAAAUUGCCAAGUUAUCCAGUCAAACGAAAGACAAUUAUUGAAGCUGAUGAACUGUUCAGUGUGGACGAACCUCCAAAACAGUUCACAGGAAAAGUUGAAGACCUCCCAUCGAAAGUGUUAAACAGUAAGCCUGGAACGGUGGUCACAUACAGAGGUAUCCCACAUGUGUGGUAUACGGCGCGAACUCAUCAAGAGUGUUACAGGUUAUGCAGCACAGCAUCUGUGAUUGAUUGCGACUACUACAUCUUACUUGCCGACGAGGAUCGCUGUGUUAUGAUGGAGGAUGAUUAUGUACCAGUUAAAUUGCCCAGUUAUCCAGUCAAACGAAAGAUAAAUAGUGAAGCUAAUGAACUGUUUAUUGUGGACGAACCUCCAAAACAGUUCACAGGAACCGUUGCAGUCCUGCCAGAGAUAUUGCUAAACAGUAAGCCUGGAAUGGUGGUCACAUACAGAGGUAUCCCACACGUGUGGUAUACGGCACAAACUCGGCAGGAGUGUUACAAUUUAUGUCGAAAGACAACUCUGAUUGAUUGCGACUACUACAUCUUACUUGAUGACGAGGAUCGCUGUAUUAUGAUGGAGGAUGAUUACGGUGAUUUGCCAGUUAAAAUAAAAGUAAUACAUGUACCAAGACGAAGACCAAGAACUACAACCACACCGCCACCACCUCCUCCACCACCACCAACUACAACACCAGCUCCAAUAAUAAAGAUCGUUCACGUUCAGUCGAAGAGUAAUGAUCUAACUGAACUCAAAUUAAUGAUAGAAAAAGUUCAAGAUAAAUUCAGAACUGCCGUGGAAUCACUGCAUGAUAACAAGCAGACCCAUGACACUAUUGUGGAAGGACUAAAGGCUAAACAAAACAUUGUUCAAAACACCAUAAGUGUUCUGUCGGACAAAGUCAAGAACAUGAACAAAGUGAAUCAUCGCUUGGUUGAUAAGAUCAAUGUAAUGGACAGCAAGCAGCAGACUCUAGGUGAACGGGUGAAAAACAUGGCUGGCUAUGAGCAGCAGAUAGCCGGUGCUGUGGCUAAUGUCGACAAGAAGGUCACAAAUAUAGACGGCGAUCUAAAUGCCAUCAAACUAGCCAAUGAAAAGGUGUCGAGACAGCUGAGUGGUGAAGAGGCGGCCAACCCCGAAUUUAACCGGCAGAUUAUUGCUCUGCGGAGACAGAUGAUAGAUUUGAUGUCAAGAGUGGAAAUUAACCCCACUGUGUUAAAGAUGACGAAGAACCAGCGUGUUCUAGCUGAGGCGCUUGAAGCUGUGGAUCGUGAGAUUGCUAUCAAUGAGCGGAGACUGGCCCACAUUGACGAGAGCACGGGGGACUGGGCUGGCCGUCUGAUGGCCGAGGAGGAACACAGGAAAGCUCUGAGUGACGCCAUUCAGACACUCAGUAAGGCCGUCAAAAAUGUCAGAAAUGAUGUUACACGGCUGCAAAACCCACAAUCUGCAGAAAACAUUAAAAAAACCAAAGAGAUCAGACAAAUGCGGUCUGAUAUUGACAUACUGGAGAAAUCGAAUGCCGAGUUAAAAGAAAGUCUGGCACAUGCGAGAGCAGACAAUACACGACUCAUCAGAGAUCUAAUGAAUGUGCAGAUUUCUACUCAUGACAGCAAGACGAGCAUCUUCGCACUGGUAGAGGCGAACAAGAACCUGGCACUGGAAUAUCACCAGAUGAAGACUGACCAGAAUCAGAUGAUAACUCAGAUACAGACUCUGGCCACUGUGUACCGAAGUGUCCUGGCUGCUGUUCACAGUCUCGAACUCAAACAAAUUCAAGUGAUGCAUCAACUCGGAAGAGAUGAGAAUGAAAUACGCCGUGUAUCCACUGAGAUUUUAGCAGCUAAAACUAAUGCAAAAAAAGAUCAGAACUUGCCACUUCUUCAGACGAUGAAAACCUUCCAGACGAAACUUCUGAAUCAGGUGGACCAGCUGAGAGAAGACCUGUGGAAACUUCAAAAACAAAUUGAGAUCAAUUCACAAGCAUCCAAACUACGUGGAGCUUACAAAGAAGGAUAUCAAGAUGGAAAACUAAAAUUGUUGCAUGACAUCCACGUGAAAAAGGCACCGAAAAAACAAGUACAUAUAACAAUAACACAUCCUAAGUCUAAUAGUAGAUAAUUGUCAUUUGGAACGAGUAAUUUUGAAAAACAUUGAAAAACAAAAAACAAGUAGCUUCUAGCAAAGAAUGUUUGCAUUGGAAGUGUCUGACGUCAUUAACAGUCAUUAGCAGCCAGCGACGUAGAUCUUCCUCCAGCUGUGUUUAUUUUUGCUGAAGCUCACCUGUUACACUAUUAUCUAAACCUCGCCAAAUAACCAUAUCAAAAUGUAUUAACCAGAUAUUCUAUAUUUAAUAGAUUGUACAUCAGUUAAGAACAGGGCAAAUUGUAUUUAACUGUUAUUGUUUAGAAACCAUUAAUAACUGCGUAACAGUGGUUAAUGCAUGCAGUUAUCAUGACAUGAAUAAGCUAUUAAUAGCUUAUUCUCUGCUUAACAGUGCACCAGUGGAAUUGCAGAAGAAACUAUAUAAUUUUUUGCAUUUAUAAUCAUACAUAAUAUACAUGGAUGGUAGUCAGACAGCCUGUCAGUCAGUUAAUCAGACAGUCAGUCAGUUGGUCACACAGUCAGUUAGUCAGUUGGCCAGUAAGUUGGUCAGAUAGUUGGCCAGUGAGUUGGUCAGUUGGCCAGUCAGUUGGCCAGUCAGUCAGUCAGUUGGCCAGUCAGUUGGCCAGUCAGUCAGUUGGCCAGUCAGUCGGCCAGUCAGUUGGUCAGACAGUUGGCCAGUCAGUUGCCAGUCAGUUGGUCAGACAGUUGGCCAAUCAGUUGGUCAGACAGUUGGCCAGCCAGUUGGUCAGACAGUUGGCCAGGCAGUUGGUCAGUCAGUUGGUCAGACAGUUAGCCAGUAAGUUGGCCAGUCAGUUGGCCAGACAGUUAGUCAGACAGUUGGCCAGUCAGUUGGUCAGACAGUUAGUCACUCAGUUGGCCAGACAGUUGGUCAGUCAGUUGGUCAGUCAGUCAAUCAGACAGUUAUCCAGUCAGUCAAUCAGACAGUUAUCCAGUCAGUCGGUUUUGGGUUUUUUACAUUUAAAGUUCCAUAAUGACAGUGGCAAAAGUAGGCCAACUGGUAUUCAUGAUAUAAUUUGCUAUUGAUGGAAAGCAGCAAGACAGACUGAUGCAUGGACAAAAUUGAAAUAUUGAAUUCAAACGCAAAAUAUCAAGUUUGUUGUUACAAGUAUUUUUUAUAUAACGAGUUUGGUUUGGGGGUGGGAGUGUGAAUAGGUGGGUAAAUGUUUUUAUGGAUGACAUUACUGCAAAGUCAAGUAUGAAUGAUUGUAAUUAUACAGAAGCUAUUUAUAACAUGUACCACUGUGCAAACUAUAAUAGUUAUGAUUAGGAAGCUGUUUAAAUAAUAUGUAUAUAUGUAUAUAAUGUAUAUAGUUUUAAUUUUUUUUAAAUGUACAUAACUGAAUAUGUCUAUGGGAAAAAUGCUUGCAUUGUUAAUUUUUGAAAGAAAUUAAAAAAAACCUUACUUCUUAGAAAUUAUUUUAAAUUAUGUUUAUUUUGUUGUGUAUGUAUUACAGGUCCUUUGUAAAUAUUUUUAACAAAACAAAGGACACUGAUUUAAAAGAGAACAAUACAAAGUGACACUUCCCCAAUAAUUCUAUUGUAUAUUUACCUCACAUACAGGUCAUAUAAUUUUGAGACAUCUGUAUAAAAAUUUUCACAGAGUAGGGUUUGUGUAACAUUUUAUUAUGUUACCUUAAAAGCAAGUGAACAAAACCAAUUUCUUUUCUUUUUAAAAUUUCAUCAAUCUUAUCUAUCUUUUAAGAAGGCUUUUGGGAGGCUUUUUUAUGCUUCCUUCUUUCUAUCUUUCUAUUCCUAGUACAUUUCCCCCGUAGUCUUCAGUCUUCCCUUUAAGUAUGCAAGGCCUUUACUUUGCUAAUAACCAUUUGUACUGUGUCUUGUUAAACUGAACUGUAUACGUCAGUGUGCAUUUCUUGUGCUCUUUGUCUUCCUUUGGUUUAUCUCUCUGUCUCAUCCCUAUUUCUUGUUGCAUCUCUCUCUCUCUCUCUCUCUCUCUCUCUCUCUCUCUCUCUCUCUCUCUCUCUCUCUCUCUC